GAUAAAACAAUAAAAAAAAUAAAUUUUAAAUCAAAUAAAAAAUAAAUUAAAAAUUAUGUCAAAUUCAUCAGUACAAAAUAUUUCUAUUUCUUCUUCUACUAUCGCUACUACAACUAUUGCUACAACUGAUAAAAUCGUUACCUUGCAACAGCCACAACAACAGCAACUGUCAACCAUAUCAAUAAUGUUGGAUUAUGAUAUUGACAACACUCUCAAUACGAUCAAAGAAAACGGUGCUCAUUUAUUGCAACAAAACGAAACUACUUUAACUGAAUCUCCUGCUACUCCUACGCCACCUGCUGCAACAAAUUCAAAUUGUGAUACUGCCACCAUGUCGUCUGAGGCUACAAGGGAAAUUGUACUCAAUGGCACGGCGGCAGCACUGAACGAUGUUAAUGUCAAGAAGUCUGUUAUAAGAAAUUCAAAUACUAGUCUACAAAUGAAACCUCUAACGGUGAAAUGUGAUGAUAUUAAAGCCAUAUUACCUCUAACACCUCCAGCCACACCUGUCAUACAAAACACUGCCCGCAAACGUUGGAAGAUUUUAGCCAAAGUCUUGCGCAAAGACUCCGAAGAAACUGUUUCGUCAUCGGGUGAAGAGUGCAUUAAUGAACAGACCGCCUCGGUUAGGCGUUUCAAGUCAUUCGAUCUACUGAGACAAGAUAGUUUUGAAGAUCAUGGUACUCUGAAUUAUUUGGGUAAACCCGAGAAUUGGUACAAAUACAAAGUGAUAUUGGAUGGUCAGACCCAACAGGAGUUUACGGUGAAUAUACACCAUAUGGAAAGACAUUUGACCGCUACCGAUUUAAUGGGUUUCAAUAAUACCGGUAAUAUAUGUGUCUGGCCCUCAGAAGAGGCUCUUACCGCUUUUGUAUUGUCCGACUUAGCGGCCUAUAAUAAUAAAUGGAUUUUAGAAUUGGGUGGUGGUUUCACCUGUCUGUCGGGUUUGAUGUUAUCAAAAUAUGCCAAACCCUUUGCCGUACACUUGACCGAUGGCAAUGAGGUAUCGGUGGAAAAUGUCAAAAAGACUGUAUGUCUUAAUGAAAUCUCCUGCUAUACGAAAUGUUCCGUCUUAAAAUGGGAAGAUAAGGCUGCUCGAGUACCCUCAGAGGCGGGUAAAUUUGAUAUAAUACUUUCGGCCGAUUGUCUGUUUUUCGAUGAAGCCCGUUCUGCUUUAGUCGAUACUGUCUGGUAUUAUUUAUCUCCUCAGGGAGAAGCUUUAAUUAUGGCUCCACGACGUGGUAAAACCAUGUCUUUAUUUAUCGAAGAAUCAAUGGCUCGAGGCUUUAUGGUGAAAUUAACACAACGUUAUAAUGAAACCAUUUGGAAGCGACAUUUAGAAUUGAUGAACUCAUCAUUGUACGAUGAGGAUUUACAUUAUCCUGUAUUAUUAAGUUUACGUAAAUCUCAUAAGCAACACCCACAACACGCACAAGAAAUUCAAACAACAACCUCCGGCUUAUUACCCAUGGAUGUAUGCAAAGAAGAAUCCUAGGUGUUGAUGGCAUUAGUAAUAUUGUGAUGCUACUCCUGCUGCGGUUGAUUACAUCAAGUAUUUUUUUUGUUUAUUUUUUUUUUUUUUCAAAUUAAAAUUUUCAAAACAACAACAAUUUUUACUUCAAUAAUUCCACUUUUAAUUCCACAUUAAGAUGAUGUCGUCAUAUGAUCCUAUAUACGUAUCCCUUAAAUAUUACAUACACAUACAUACCCUAAAUAUUUAAAUUUACUUUAUUAUUAUACUUAUAAAAAAAAAAAA